AUGAUGUGGCCGUCCACGGCCGUGGGGCAAGGGCUGGAAAACGUCGGCGCCCUUCAACCCCACGUGCAGCUCCACGUGGAGGAGGAACCUCUGUUUACGGAUGUCCCAACUUGCUGGAUUCUCCGUGAGGAGCUUGAUGAUGACCCCAUCCCAACGCGAGGGGCAUCGAAGAGACUCGAACGGAAGCUCGCAGAGCAAGUGGAAUUGCAGAGAUUCCUCUCCGAUCACAGAUUUGAGGGUGUGAACUCGCCACAGGGGCCUCCUUGGUUUGAUGUCCUUGCUCUCUGUGCUGAGCGCGAAGAGGUUUACCCGAUCCAUGUAGCUGCCAGCUUGGGCAAUGCGCAGGUGGUGAAACUGUUGCUGCGCCAGGGUGCAGACAAAGAGAAGGACACCUCCAAAGGUCGAACUCCCUUGGAAGCAGCGCAGCAAGCAAAAGAUCCCAGAAGCAGGACGGCGGUGAUCCACCUCUUACAGGGCACCAGCCCUUCUGCCACCAGCCCUUCUGCGCUGAUGCAGAAAUGGUCGGCCAAGGACUUGCUGGUAGAGGAUGAGGAUCUGCCAGAUUUUGGGCGGAGCAUCAUGGCCGCGUGCAAUGACCCCCAGUUUCAUCAGAAGAAGGAGAAGAAGAUCCUCGCGGAGAUGGAGGAGCUCAAGAAUCAACUCCUCAAGGCGCAAGAGGCGCUCUCCGCCGCAGUCAAGGAGAAAGAGACCGCGGAGAAGAUCAUGGAGAAGCACUUCCUCCGCAUUACCAAGAAGACUCAGACGGCUGAGGCUCCCACCGGCGCGUAG